AAGAAAAAAGAAGAAAGUUGUGGUAUUUUGGUAAUUACAAGUGGUUUAUAACAAAAACCCGCAGCUUCCUAGUUCUGAGAACAUAACCAGGAAACCCAAAAAGAGAGAGAGAGAGAGAGAGAGAGACAGAGAGGGCAGAGAGGGGGAAAGAAGAGGGGGCAGAGCGAUAUCGCUGGUUUUUCUUGUAGACGGUCGGUCGGUCGCUCAUGCAAGAUCCGUCUUUAAUCCGAUUAAUUCGAGCAUUUUAGAAAAAAAAAAGAAAAAGAAAGAAAUAUUAAAUUCUUCUCUCAUCGUCUAUCUUCCAUUGUCCAACAAAUUUUUUUUCCCGUCGAAUUAAUUAAUUAUUUUAUUAUUAUAAAUUGAUCAUUUGUUUAUAUAUUCCAAUUUUUAUACUGAUCAAAAAUAUUUGUUUUUCGAACUCAAAACCCUAAUUCGGAAUGGCUAUGGCAGCCGAUUCUUCCUCCAAUCACCACUCUUCAAGUGGUCAGGUGUUCUCUGGCGGCGACGGCGACGGCGCCGAUAGCCCCCAGUUAAGACGAAGCAAUCUACCGUCAGCGUGGGCCCAAGUCGUCCGAGGUGAGGCAGAAGCAAUCCCAGGCGUCAACCAAUCUCCGCCUUCAUCGUCUUCGUCUUUGUCAUCGCUGGCUACGUCUGUGCCUGAGCAACUCCCUUUCUCCGAUUGCUCCCCUUCAAAGGCGGCCCCUUCUUCUUCUUCUUCUUCGCCGCCGCCUAGUAAUUCUGCGGCUGCUGACAACUCCAAUGGUAAUAACGGCAAUGCGACCAGGCCCAAGAAGCCGGCCUGGAACAAGCCCUCCAACGGACUCGUGGAGGUUCCUACGGCAAUUGAUGCUGAUUCCUGGCCUGCUUUAUCCGAGUCCACUAGGGCUUCGCCUAAACCCUCAGCUGAUCCAUCUUCAAAGCCUCCUAUGGAUGGAUCGGUCUCCAAUGCUCAGGGACCCAUUACAACGCAUUCGCCGAAGAAACAAGCUAGUACUCAUGCAAACCCUCACACUACUCCAAACCAUGCAUUGCCAACUCGACAAAGACCCAUGAAGCGUGGGGGUGGCAACAAUGUGGGAGGCCCUGUGCAUAGCAGUUUCACACACCCUCCUCCGCCACCACCCCCUCCACCACCCUUCCCUGUCUUCCCAAUGCCUCCAAAUGCUUAUCAUAAUCUAAUACCAGCAAUGCCUGAUCCUUCUCCGAGAGACCCUCCUUUCCGCAGCAAUCAUUGGGACACCAGACCAGGAGGAUUUGUGUCUCAACAACAUGCUGGAAAUGACCAUCGCAAUUCUUCCCGUAGAAACUAUGGCCCCCAUCCACAUGGAGAUGGCACCUACCGCAACAGUUAUGGGGGCCGGAAGGAUCACGAUCGUGGAAACUAUCCAAAUGCCAGAGAUGUCCACAUGCAGUCACAGAGAGCUCCACCAAGAAGAUUUGUUAGGCCUGCACCACCCAACAACCCAGCUUUCAUUCCCCCCCAGCCUGUGAGACCCUUUGGGAACCCUAUAGGUGUGCCGGAGUUUAUUUAUACCAUGCCUAUGGACCCUCUUAGAGCUGUGCAGUUCAUUACUCAUGGUUCGCCUCCUGCAAUGUUUGUUCCCGUUACAGAACCUUCUUUGCCUGGUUUGUUAAUUAACCAAAUAGAUUAUUAUUUCAGUGAUGCUAAUUUGAUAAAAGACGAAUUUUUAAGGUCAAACAUGGAUGACCAUGGCUGGGUUCCCAUAUCUUUAAUAGCAAGCUUCCCUCGAGUUAAAGGUUUGACACAAAACAUCCAAUUAAUAUUAUCUUCCUUAAGGGCUUCUACUGUUGUGGAAGUACAGGAUGACAAGGUGAGGAAGCGUAAUGAGUGGAUGAGAUGGAUACCAACUUCUGGUCGGCUUACCACUGAGCCAGGCUCAUCAUCUCCUGGUAAUUCAAGUUUCAAUGUGAUGGCAACCUCUUUUCAGAAAAUGACAAUGGAGGAUGCAGCUACUAGCCAAAACAGCUUAGCAGGGAAUAAAGAUCCUAACUCUGAGGCUGGCCCUGGAAGCAAUUCAACCGAGUCAACUGCCCAGUCGCACCUAUCCAACGGAGAUGUUACUCAAAGCACACAAUCAAGUUGAUACUCAUUGACCAGUGCUACCACAAAAGUCAAGCAAAAUCGUGCCAAAGAGUGCAUUUGUACAUUUGGAGAGCUUGUGGAAGAAACGGUGAGGAGGCUUGCUUUUCAAGGGGUGUAGCAUCACCAGUUCUUUCAUUUUCUGUCGCAUAUUUUGUGCAGUUUUGACAGUAUUUUGAUGAGAGGCUAGCAAAGGAAACAAAAUAAUAAUAAAGGUACUAUUUAAAAAUAUAAGAGAGGGGAAAUUGAACAGGAAAAAACUUAGAUUAUUUAUUGAGGCAGAAUUAUGAGGUAAUUUGCUUUGUAUAGUCUGGUUUUUGGUGUGGUUUUAUUGUCUGUUUGUUGUA